AUUAUAUCUGUCUUGCUUGUGAAUAUCUGCUGUGCAAGUCGUCGUCCAAAACCUCAUAAAAGAACACAAGUUGAGAUAGAAGAGCAUCAAUUUAAAGCUUGGAGUAAAAAAUUUGGAAAAAAAUAUUUAAAUGAUGAAGAAAAACAAGCAGCGAUGAAAAAAUUCUUAGAGAAUAAAGUUGAAAUUGACAAACAUAAUGGAGAAGCUAAAGAAGGAAGGAAAACAUACAAACUUAAAACUUGGGAGAAUUCCGAUUUGACAAACGAAGAAAAGAAACAACAUUUGUUAGGAAUUAAAGAACCACCAGAAGCUCGUUCAGCUCCAGUUCCACGCAAUUUGCCACAGUUCCAAACUGGGGGUGACUAUGUGAACUGGGUUGAAAAAGGUUUAGUUGGACCAGUUAUGACUCAAGCAUGGUGUGGUUCAUGCUGGGCUUUCAGUGCUCUUGGUGUCGUCGAAGGCGUUCUAAGAAGGAAGAAUAUAACUGAUGAACCAGUUUCACCUCAACAGCUGGUCGAUUGCAGCAAAAGACAUACUUACGGUUGUUGCUGUGGGUGGCCGAAAUAUGCAAUAGAUUAUGUAAAAGAAAAUGGAGUAAGCAGUGAUUUUGAAUAUCCAUACAUUGCUGAGGAUGACGUCUGCACUUAUCACAAAGAGAUGUCGGUUGCAACUACACACCCAUUUAUAGACCAAGUGUUCCUGGUUCCAACAAGAGGAAAUGAGACUUGGCUUAGGGAUAUUGUAGCCACAGUUGGUCCCGUUUCAGCUGUCAUGUGCAUGGAAAAGUCAUUUUUUGACUAUUCUUCGGGAGUCUACUAUGAGCCAGAGUGUUGUACUGACCUUGAACAUGGUGUACUGAUAGUUGGUUAUGGAACUGAUCCUGGUAAGUUUUGA